AAGGGGCGGACAUUUUGAAGUGAGCGAGGAAAAAUGGCGACCAUCGCGAUGAAGUUGAAACGGACUGUUAACACAACAUUAAUGAAUUUACCGUACAGUCUGGUAAACAAAAUUAGAGUAUCUGCCAUAUUAGUUUUAAUACUCACUUUUGUAAGUAGUAGUUCUGGAGAAAACACAUAUGAAGAUAACACUUAUGAAUUUCUCAAGCGAGAGUAUUCGCUGACUAAGCCGUACCAAGGACUGGGAUCCUCCAGCUCCUCUCACUGGGAGUUCAUGGGGAACACCAUGAUCAUGCCUGAACACAUACGGCUAACACCAGACUUGCAGAGCAGACAAGGAGCUGUGUGGAGUCGUAUUCCCUGUUACCUUAGGGACUGGGAGCUACGAGUGCAAUUUAAGAUCCAUGGUGAGGGCAAGAAGAACCUGAAUGGGGACGGCCUUGCAAUAUGGCUGACUAAAGAGCGAAUGCAAAUUGGUCAAGUGUUUGGAAACGAAAAUCUUUUUACUGGUCUGGGUGUUUUUGUAGACACUUAUCCGAAUGAUGACAAGCAGCUUGAGAGAACGUUUCCUUUUAUCUCUGCAAUGGUUGGAAAUGGGAGUGUAGCAUAUGAUCAUGACCGUGACGGACGGUCUACUGAUCUUGGUGGAUGCACUGCUCACGUUCGCAACGUUGAAUAUGACACAUUCCUCUUGAUCAGAUACAUGAAGAACAGACUCACAGUAAUGAUUGAUGUUGAUGGGAAGCAAGAGUGGAAGGACUGUCUGGACGUUCCUGGAGUGAGGCUACCACAAGGUUACUACUUCGGAGUCUCAUCAGCCACUGGAGAUUUAUCAGAUAAUCAUGACCUGAUCUCCCUCAAGCUCUAUGAGCUUACAGUGGAACGGAGUCCUGAAGAGGAAGAGGAACAGCAGGAGAUCACAUUGCCUAGUGUAGACUACCGAGUGGACCCUAAUGUACACGUGGAGGAUGAAGGAAGGAGCAUCAUCACCGUCUUCUUUCUCUUCAUUGUUUCUGUUGUUGCACUGGUUGUAGUGAUUGUGGUAAUUCUCUUUCUAUAUAAUCGCUAUAAAGAAAACCGCCGCAAACGCUUCUACUGAGCAGAUUAAUGAGAGAGUGACAGGUAGGAAAUGGAAUGAGAGAUCCAACGUGAGUGCGACUGGCAUUUUUGCAAAGUACCUCUUCUGGUCCUUACCCCUGCCACCAACAGAAAGGACCUGAAGGCCAACGCUGAACUAAAAAAGCCAUACCUGACCUCUCCAAGUGGAAACUGAUCACCUCGAUCAUGAUUAUCAUCUCAAAAAACUGUUCAAAAGUAUUUGAAAGAGUGUGCGUCUGGUUUUGAAAGUCUCUCCAGACUUUUGUGUGUGUUUGCUGUAUUUUUGUACCAGUUACUCUGACCCUGGCCUUUCAACCUGAGGCAGCACAGAGAACAAUGUGUGACAGCAUUUACAGAGUUAAACUGUUGUAAUCUCAGGUUGUCUAUUGUAAUGCCACUGCAGAAAUCCCCAGAGCCCCUGUUUUUGUGUUUGUGUUUUUGUUUUGUUUUGUUUUGUGUUUUUUGUUUUGUUUGUUUUGUUUUGUUUGACCGAAAUUGAUCAGAAGAAAAUAUGAAUGUGACCUCGACUUAAAUGUCAUGAUCUUUACCAGUCUUCAGUAAAUAGCUGUGCCAAAAAAAAACAAUCUAAUACCAUCACUUAACUGUCAGCAAUCAUGUUUUAACUUAAGGACUUCAUUUUACGUGAUUUAUGCUGGCCAGCUUUACUGUCAUAAAUAGACAGUAACAACCAUCAAUGUGAAUGUGAAUAAUAUUUUCCCCAAACUUCUAUUUUGUAAUAAAUACAGGUAAAUGUA